AUGUGCAAAGAUGAAGAUAUCCAAAACAGUGUAUCGGAUUGUGUUAGUCGAGCCUGUACAUUAAGAGAAGGAAUUGAAUUCCAGAACUCGGUCUCGUCAAUAUGCAAUGUUCCUACAGCAGACAACCGCGGAAUGUAUCGGGAUAUAAUAAUAGUCUUUGCAACAUUCUCCUUCGCAUUUGUGGUUUUGCGGGUAGUAUCCAAAUUGAUCGUCAAAACGCCCUGGGGGCCUGAUGAUACAUGGGCGAUAAUAGCCUUUCAUAUAUUCAUAUGGCAGAUUCUUUCCAUUUUGGGUCUCGCCGCCGCCAAAACCUCAAUUUUAUUCUUCUAUCUUCGCAUAUUCCCCGAUGAAAAGUUUAGAAUUAUUGUCUGGAUGACUAUAGCAUUCAAUGCCGUUUCAAUCAUAGUCACCCUCGUCCUCAACUUGACACUAGGACAGGCAGUAAGAAUAAUAUGGGAUGGCGGUACAGAUUAUAAUUCGAGUCUAAAGACAUAUAAUGUCGUUUUCAAAGUCGGUUUGGCAAACAACGCGGUGAGCUUCGCUCUGGAUAUAUGGAUGCUCAUCUUGCCAAUGACACAACUCUAUAACCUCGGACUCAGACAACGUCAAAAGAUUAAAGUGAUGAGUAUGUUUGGCAUGGGUGUAUUUCUGCCCUGUUCUGCAUUGUAUUUUGAGCGACUCGCUGCAAGUAGUCAACAACGACUAACUAGAUACCAGCCUCACUAUAGUCAGUCUUGUCCGACUUGUGAUUCAGUCAAAGGUUCUUCCAAAUGUGAGCACAUCAGGCAUGUAUAUCUCAGCGGUCGCAAUGGUUUUGCGCAUGCCAUUGUUAUUUUGGGCAAUGUUGAACUUUACGUCGGCGUUAUGGUAGCUUGCGGGCCCUCUGCAAAUCAACUUGUGCAAUACGUUCUCCCCCGGAUAAGACAACCAAUCGAAGCUUCGUCACAAGCGAGCAACAGGCCUGUUUUUGUUGACCGCUCUCUUGCACAAAUCGAGAAGGACGAGGAUGUACCGACAUUGCAUACUGACGGAGGGUUAACUACCACAACAAUAUGUAGUACAAUCAGAGACACAGCAUGA